AAAUCAAAUCAAACAUUUAAUAGUUAAUAGGAUACGACCCAUAAAAUGGAAAAAUUAUGUAUCAUAGCACUUUUCUUUAUUAUCAGGGGACAGUAUAAAAUUUUUUCUCAAGUUCCACCGGUAACAAUACCCAAUUUAUUCAAUAUUACAAUGAUGGAUUCAUUUUUUGGGGGUAAAAAUAGUUUUGUCGAUACAGUUAUAAUUUUGGAGACCGAAUAUACUACAGAUCAAGAAUUUAAUUGCGCAAAGGCUUUGUUCGCGGAACUGGGUUACAUAUUUAUUAAAAUAAACCCUAUAGGACUAACAGGAGCUUUUAUAGGCGUGGUCACAUAUAAUGAAACUACACACCUUCAAAUGCCACUAAGAAAAGCUACAACAUAUCAAGAGUUGAUUUUGGGAGGAUUGCCUUCCUAUACUUUGUCAGCUUCACAAACAAACACCAAAGUUGAUGGCAGUCUCGCUCUAGCAAAUGCGAUGCUUAACAAGGCCGGAAGAUCAGGUGCAUUAAAAAAAGUGUGGCUCUUUCUAUCUAACACUUCUUCUACAAACCCUCUACCAAUCGCCCAAGCCAUGAAAAAUAAUAAAACAGAGAUAUAUGUUUUUGCGGUAUAUGACAAUGUAGACCCCGUUAAGUUGAACGGAAUAGCUUCAUCGGGCAAUGUAAUGUGGUUUUCCAAAUAUUGCGUCCUUCCUCAAAAAUACAUUUUUGAUUCUUAUGCUACUACUACUACGAGUCUUUCUCCUACAUCUACUCCUGUUCCUCCUGGCUAAAAAGGCGCUUCCUAAGGGCAAAAAAAAUAUAAUCCAUAAACCCAUUUGCUAAUUUAUAAUAACGCGAAAUAUUGGUUUUAUAAUAUUCUCUUUACUUUGCUUCUCUAUAUUUCAUACAUUUCUAAAAAAUAUCAAAUUUCGUA